GGAGAACGGUUGAUAAGACACGGUUCUGAUAAUGUAGCUGUUGAAAUUUUGAUCGAUCCUCAAACACAGAGCGUUACCAACGCCUUGAAAAGUUUUCUAGUCUUGCCAGUGCCAAAUAAAUUUUUGAUAUUUGCUGGACAUGCCUUUAAAGGUUCUGGAGAUUGGGUUCUUCAAGAUGGAAUCUUCACAUUUAAGAAAUUAGCACAUAUCCUGAAUGAUGCUGAAGUUCAAACAGCAUUAAAAGAUCAGCUGAAUGCUUCUCUUACCAUGCAUUGCUUGGCCACCGGGGAUUGGAACAGUAACAUUUCAAAACAAGAAUUCUCGAAAAUUAUUUCUUUACAUGUAAAUCCAUCUGAGAAAUUAGAUAAUGUACAUGGUAUAUUACAAUUUUCUACAUAUGUUAGUAGCUUUAUAAAAGUUAGAAACCUAAUGGAUAUGUUACCUGCCUCAGAUGUUAUUGGCAGUAUUAGCUUUAAUAAACCUACAUUAUAUAUUUUUCCUGGUUGUCAAGGAGAUGCUGCUCUCUUUGGCAUCAAAGGCUUUCAUUUAUUAGUAAAUGCUGGUUUUAAUAGAAAGGCAUGCUUUUGGGAUUUUACACGCCAUUUAGAUAGAAUAGAUGCUGUUUUAUUGACACACUUGGGUGCAGAUAAUCUUUUUGGCAUAAAUUCAGUAUUAAAAAGAAAAUGCCUGGAAAAUGCACAUCCUGAAAUAGGUUACAUAUACAUGAAUGGUGUAGAAAACAUCAAAACUGAUGGAGUUGAUAAUGGUAACAACAAUAAUUUACUAAUCAACUUAGCUGAGGAAGGUAGUGAGUUGUUUGAAAUGUCAAAGAAGUUAGGUGUCACACCUCACCCAUGUACACGUGGUGAGAAAGUAACAACUUUAGAUCCUAUCAACUUGUAUCAUAAAGUAGGUCAUGGAUCAUUAGAUAUGUACAUACUCAAUCCAGUCACAGAUAGCAAAGAGUUGAAGGAAUUUUUCCAGCAGUGGACAAAGAAAGUUGGUCAAUUUGGUACCCAUCAAGGAUUCCCAAUGCCAGACAUGUUUUCCAUCUGUGCAUUGUUAGUUUGGAAACCAACCAAUCCUGAAGAAAAGAUCACCAGGGUGCUUUUUCCAGGAAAUUGUCCUCAACAUAAAAUUAUUGAAGGUUUAGAGAAAGUAAAGAGUUUAGAAAUCUUUAAACAUUCAUCAUGUACUGGUAAGGAUCUUCUGAAGCCUGUCAGUGGAGCCAAGAAAGCAGGGGCCCCUGCCAGUCGUGUAUCUGCUACUAAAUCAGCAACCAGACCUGCCUCUGCACCUGUCAAAAAAGAAGUCAGAAAAAGUCCGACAAGGACUCCAACAAAAACACCAACAACUCCAAGAUCAUCUCCCCCUAAAACUAGUAAACCAGACUCUGUUAAGAAAAUUCCAGCAAAACCCAAGGAUACUCGA